AUGACGAGCGUGGACGACGUCACCGUACCGGUGAGCGAGGCCCUGCGACGGGCGCGAGAGAACGGGAGUCGAGCGAACGCGUACGGCGGCGGCGGCGGCGGCGCGGAGAGCGCGAGCUGGCGCGCCGCGAUGGCAUUCGGAGGAUGGGCACCGGAGACGAUCAACGGACGGUCGGCGAUGGUUGGUUUCGUGAUCGGUGAAGCGGCGAAACGAGCGACGGGGGAGGGUAUCGUGACGCUGGCGCACGACCACGUCGUGAGCGUGGCGGCGGUGCUGGCGGUCGUGACGCUCGCGAGUUUCGCCCCGAGCGCAUUUGGCGUCGAUUACACGGGCAAUCCGAGGAGUAAGAGCGAUGGCAUCUUCACGGCGAAGAUUGAAAAGAUCCACGGGAGAUUGGCGAUGAUGGGGAUUCUGUACGAGGUCGCCACGGAGCUCUCUGCGAGAGGCUUUUUUUAG